AUGGCUGAAAUGGCCACCAAAACAGAUGUGGAUUCUAGUCUACCCCCCUUUCAAAGGCACAGAAGUAAUAGUGACCCGAAGCCUUCCAUAGAUUCAUUUGCACUGCCAGUAGGCAGUUUAGAUGGACCAGGUGGGGAUAGUUCCUAUUUAACAUCUGGAUCGUCAACUACACCUAGAUCAGUCAAACCUAUCACGGAUGAUGUUCGCAAGAACGGAGACUCCAGAGCCAUUCCUUCCCUUGCCGGGACUCUUCCCGCUGUUGAAAGAAAAAGCAAAUUGUCUACCCUUAGUAAGAUAUUUCGCCCCUGGAAGUGGAAGAGGAAGAAGAAGAGUGAGCAUUUUGAAAAGGCAGCUGUUGAAAUUGAGCGCAAAAUCUCCAUGCGGUCAUCCAGGGAGGAGUUGAUACGAAAAGGUGUAAUUAAGGAGCCAGAUGGAAGCCAGAACCAUGUACAUAAGACUG